GCUGAGGGGAGAGAGAGGCCGGUCCGGAUCUGGCCGCUGCCGCUGCUCGCCCGAGGUCUCCAGGCCGGGCUGCGGCUCCGUCCUCGGCUCCUCGGCAUCAUCUCCGAGGCUCCGCCGGGCCAGCGUGUGAGAGCCGCGGGCGGCGGCCGCCGCAUCAUGUCAACCGAGGACGAGCGGGCCAGGGAGAUCCUGAGGGGCUUCAAACUAAAUUGGAUGAACCUUCGGGAUGCUGAGACAGGGAAGAUACUCUGGCAAGGAACAGAAGACCUGUCUGUCCCUGGAGUGGAGCAUGAAGCCCGUGUUCCCAAGAAAAUCCUCAAGUGCAAGGCAGUCUCUCGAGAGUUGAACUUCUCUUCAGCAGAGCAAAUGGAAAAGUUCCGCCUGGAACAAAAAGUUUACUUCAAAGGGCAAUGCCUAGAAGAAUGGUUCUUCGAGUUUGGCUUUGUGAUCCCUAACUCCACAAAUACCUGGCAGUCCUUGAUAGAGGCAGCACCCGAGUCCCAGAUGAUGCCAGCGAGCGUCUUAACUGGGAAUGUUAUCAUAGAAACAAAAUUUUUUGACGAUGAUCUUCUUGUGAGCACAUCCAGAGUGAGACUUUUCUACAUUUGAGAGAAGAAUGUGUGUGCAUUUCAAGAGUUUGGGUUUUUGGGGGGAGGAGGAAACCGUUUACUCUUUCCUCCACACAUUCGAUUUUUGACAGUUCCACCCCCGAUUCCCUCUACGGCAAAAACUACCUGUGGCCACCAGGGGACCAGCUCUGUGUAGGUAACCAGAUGGCUUUUUUUGUCCCAAACAGCCAUCUUCCACCGACCAGACUAAACAUCCAACCCCAGACCAGGUCAGGGAGGGGUGCCUUGACCCCUUCCCGGUGCAAACACAGAGGAGCAAACACAUACCAUGAGCCAAUCCUGUACCUGCCCCUGCCUCCUCCUUGGACCCUGCGGGCUGGCUACACACCUUCCUUUGGCCCCUGGUUUUGGAAAAAUUCAUGUUCCUGACCCAUGUUUAGUUUUUUCCCCAUUUCUAUUUCAUACAUUCUCUGCAUUUAACUUGUAAAAUAGACUCUGAUAUUAUUAUUACAUAAUAUAAUUAAAACAUAUGAAUUAAAAUA